AUUAAUGUGCAGUACUGACUCUGACCUCUGGGGGCGCUGCAGCUGCAGCUCCACUCUCUCACAGUUGUGUACCUUCUUUAAACCACAUUUGUUGACGCUAAUAUUUAAAACACACAAAAAAAAUCCGGAACUGCCGCCGCUGUUGCUGCUGUGUUUGCUGUCUCUCAGGUCGCAUGAGAGUCAGUGAAAUUGAAGAUAACAUAGAGCAGAAAUGGAGUCAGUUUUCUUGAGGUUUGACUCUUAUGACUUCGAGGCUGAUCAGAGGUUUCAGGACGGGUUAAAGGUUUUAGACAAGUCCAACAGCAGCAGCAGGGAUGAAACCAAACUGCAGGACAUGAAACUCUUCUUUUAUAACCGGUUUGUUGAGCCCAUAGACAGAGCGAGCUAUAAGCAGUGGAGAUCUGCUUCUCCAGGUGUGACACCGAUGGAGCAGGGGACGCCUUCAGAUUCAGACUCUGAUAUCAGUAAAAACCAGGCGGCUGAAUCGUCCGCAGAGACAGAGGUAAAGCAGCUUUCCUUUGCAGAGGUAAUGCACCUGAUUCAGGAGGGAAAGGAAGUGCCGGGAGCAAAAAAACUGGACAUAAAACCGAGCAACCAGAGUCCCACUCCUUCUCAGAUGGAGAGGAUACGUAAACCCUGGGAAUUAGCAUCAUCUUCCAAGUGACCUUUACCUCAUUAUAGCACUGUGUCGAUAAAAAUACAUUGUUUUUAAUAAAAACAUUAAAUUUUUUAACCAGA